CUAGCUCACUAGGUGCUGUCCCGCGAGCACUACCAUGACUCUUCCUACACCGCUGCUCCUUCUCACUCUACAUCUCACGGCGAUAAUCGCUGAGGGGCAGGACCCCAGGGAGCGCAUUAUCGGAGGCAACAUUGUGUCCCCAUAUUCCGCCCGAUACCUUGUGUCUCUAAAGAGAAGCUCCAGUGUUCACUUCUGCGGGGGUUCCCUGGUCAGCAGAUUCUGGGUCCUUACUGCCGCCCACUGCAAAACCGGACAGAACCAGAUGUUCAUUGUUGCCGGGGAAUACUCAUUGUCUGUCUUUGAGGGCACCGAGCAGAUCUUCCGCCCAAUUCGGAUGGUACAGCAUCCAGAUUAUAGUUCCACUUCCAAGAAUGCUGAUAUAAUGAUGAUAAAGCUAAAUCGCCCAGCAUUGUACAACGCCUUUGUGUCUGUAGUGCCAUUGCCCAUGCAGGGGUUAAUUCCCAAUGAAGGUCGUUUGUGCCAAGUUUCUGGCUGGGGAUUCACCAGCACCAUUGGAGGGAGGCCCUCGGAUACCCUGAGAAGUGUGAAACUGCCCAUAGUGCCCAUGAGAAAGUGUAACAGCUCCGCCUCGUACUCUGGACACAUCACAAGCAACAUGAUCUGUGCCGGCUUCACGGCUGGAGGAAAAGAUGCCUGUCAGGGAGACUCUGGGGGCCCCCUGGUGUGCAAUGGGAAAGUCUAUGGAAUUGUAUCCUGGGGUCACAGCUGUGCAAACCCCAAAUACCCCGGAGUAUAUACGGCAGUGGCCAACUUCCAAAGAUGGAUCUACAGGACAAUCAUUUAAGAGGAUCUCAAGGAAUUUCAUCUUCUUCAUCUUGUGCUUUAAAUAUGGUCCCCACCCCAGCCUCGGCCGAAGGUUCAGCUGAGCCCAACAUGCGACUGGGAAACUUCUCACUUUACUUUCUCUUCUUGGAAAUGCUGAUUGUCUGUAGCUGAAUCCCUGUGUAUUUGCCAAUUGUGCUCAGAUGACCUGUUCUGUCUGUCUGUCCAUAUGUACUCAGAAAUCAGAAGGUGGUUCUUAAAGGAGUUCACCUUUAAGUUAAAUUUUAGUAUGUUAGAGAAUGGCCAGUAGUGAUGGGCAAAUUUCUCCCGUUGCACUUCACCGAAAAACUUGUGAAUGUCCCGCAAAAUUCGAGAAACUGUGAAAAAUUUGUGGAAAAAUCGUGAAAUCGGAAAGUUUCAUGAAAAAAUAUUUAAUAUUUAA